UUGGUCGCAGACAAAUCGAAUUAGGGUUUGCAUAUCCAAGUUCCUUCGCACGCGAAUCAAACCUCUGCCAUCCCUCUCGCUCCUCCCGUCGAACCGAGUUUUCUCCGCCGUUGCAUAUCUUUCUUCGCCGUGCCGUAGGAAUCCGUCACCGGAGGAAAUUUUCAUCUCCUCCGACCACCCGCCGUGCUCAGUGUGUUGAAGGGUCAUUUUUGCAAAGGGAUUGGAUGAAUGUGGAUGUGGAAUUAAAUCCAAGAGAAGUUUCACACUUUUUGUUGCCGUCGCUGUCACUGCAGCCUUUAUGGCUCAGCAAUCUUCGCGCCUCAAUCGCUUGCUUACUUUGUUGGACACUGGUUCAACACAAGCUACGAGGUUCACUGCAGCGAGGCAAAUCGGAGAUAUUGCCAAGUCCCAUCCCCAGGACUUGAACUCUCUACUAAGAAAGGUUUCUCCGUAUCUCCACAGCAAAAAGUGGGACACACGGGUAGCUGCUUCCCAUGCUAUUGGUGCUAUUGCCCAGAAUGUUAAGCAUAUCUCAUUGGGUGAGCUGUUUGCUCUUUUGGCGGCGAAGCUAAUUGAGGCUGGGAUAUUGGAUAAUGUCGAAGAUGUGGUGGCUUCUAGCAAUUUUCAUUCUAAGAUUCUAUCAAAUGCUUCCUUCAAAAGUUUUGAUAUGAACAAGGUUUUAGAGUUUGGGGCUUUGUUGGCAUCUGGUGGACAGGAGUAUGAUAUUGUGAAUGACAACUCCAAGAAUCCAAGGGAUCGACUAGCCCGUCAGAAGCAGAAUCUUCGGCGUCGACUGGGUUUGGACAUGUGUGAACAGUUUAUGGACGUGAAUGAAGUGAUCAGAGAUGAGGAUCUGAUUGAGCAGAGUUCCAGUGUUCAUAGGAAUGGGAUCGGCAAUAAGUUAUACACAAAUUACUCUGCGCAUAACAUUCGGCAGUUCGUUUCAAGAAUGGUUCCCAGUCUCAAAUCUAAGAGGCCAAGCGCAAGAGAAUUAAAUCUUUUGAAGAGAAAAGCUAAAAUAAGUUCAAAAGACCAAGCUAAAGGCUGGUCUGAUGAGGCAGAUGCUGAGAUGCCAUCUCCACAUACCAUGACAACUUCAAAAAGCUUUUCUUCUGAUUCGUUGGGCUCCCACAAGUCUGAUGUUAGUAAUGGGGAAGAUAUUGAUCCUGAUGGGGAUGGGGAUGGGAGAUGGCCUUUUCAUAGUUUUAUCGAGCAGAUCCUUCUUGAUAUGUUUGAUCCUGCUUGGGAGAUACGCCAUGGCAGUGUUAUGGCUUUGAGAGAAAUUUUGACGCAUCAUGGUGGUUCGGCCGGAGUGUCAACUACUGAUUUCAGCUCAGACGUUGAAUUUGAGUCAGAGGAGGAUUUGAAUAAAUUCACUAGAGAGAGGGAAUUCGACUUGAAUAUGCAGUUCCCAGAAAACGACUUGGAGCCACUCCAGAAGCGACUAAAGACUGAGGAAGCAUCAAAUUCAUUUACAGAUAAUAUUUGGUCAGAUGUUAAGGGCGAUGGCUGUGGUAUCAACAUAAAAGUGGAAGAUGCAGGGUAUGGUCUACCUAUAGAGAAGGUCAAUGGUCAACUUGUCCCUAAUUUUAUGAAAGUUGAACCUCAAUCGUCAACGGGUGGUGGGUUAUCUUCUCACUUGGAAGUAAAGAAUCAUGUGUUGGAGGCUUACAAUUAUUCUAAAGAGAAGAGUUCAACUGAGCUACCUGUUUUGGAAAAAGAUCUUCAAGAAAAUUGUGAUUUGAUGAAUUUGGUGAAACAAGCUAGGCAUUCUUGGUUCAAAAAUUCGAAAUUUCUUCAGGAUUGCGCCAUCCGUUUCUUAUGUGUACUGUCACUUGACCGUUUUGGGGAUUAUGUAUCUGAUCAGGUUGUUGCUCCCGUGCGAGAAACUUGUGCCCAAGCACUGGGUGCUGCUUUCAAAUAUAUGAAUCCUUCAUUAGUUUAUGAGACAUUAAAUGUCUUGCUUCAGAUGCAGUGUAGGCCUGAAUGGGAAAUUCGUCAUGGAAGUCUUCUGGGCAUCAAGUAUUUGGUUGCUGUGAGACAGGAAAUGCUACAAGACUUGCUUGGCUAUAUUCUCCCUGCCUGUAAAGCAGGGUUAGAAGAUUCUGAUGAUGAUGUGCGAGCAGUUGCAGCUGAUGCUCUUAUACCAGCAGCAGGUGCUAUUGUUUCUUUGAGGGGGCAAACAUUACAAUCUAUUAUCUUGCUACUCUGGGAUAUCUUGCUAGAUUUGGAUGAUCUGAGUCCGUCCACCAGCAGUGUUAUGAAUCUGCUGGCUGAGCUCUAUUCGCAAGAAGGUAUGACUCCCAUGUUGCACAGUUUACUGAAAACAGGGGAGGAACAAAAUCUUGACCUCAAUGAAAUCGUUUAUGUUGAGAAUGUAAGUGAAAGAAGAGAUGUCCAGGAAAAUCCUUAUGGAUUAUCAGCAUUGGCCCCUAGGUUGUGGCCAUUUAUGAGGCACAGCAUCACAUCCGUCCGAUUUUCUGCUAUUCGCACUUUGGAACGACUUCUUGAAGCUGGUUGCAGAAAGAACAUUUCUGAGCAAUCUGAAGGUUCUUUGUGGCCAUCUUCUAUCUUAGGCGACACCCUAAGGAUUGUCUUUCAGAAUCUUUUACUAGAAUCAAAUGAGGAGAUUCUGCAGUGUUCAGAGAGAGUUUGGAGGUUUUUGGUUCAGUGCCCGGUAAAAGAUUUAGAGGAUGCUGCAACAUCAUUCGUUGCUUCGUGGUUAGAGCUUGCAACGACGCCUUAUGGUUCUCCGUUGGAUGCUGCAAAAAUGUUUUGGCCUGUAGCCCCCCCUCGUAAAAGUCAUUUUAAAGCAGCUGCUAAGAUGAAAGCUGUGAAACUUGAAAAUGAAGCUUCAAGCUCUCUGGGCUUUGAUUCUGGGAAGAGUUCAGCCAUAGUAGAAAGAAACGAUGAUAUUUCUGCAGGCUCCAUUAAGAUUAUUGUUGGUUCUGAUGUUGAAAUGUCAGUGACCAAAACUCGAGUUGUUACAGCAUCUGCAUUGGGUAUCCUUGCUUCCAGGCUGAGCGAUGGGUCAAUGCGGUUUGUGAUAGAUCCUUUGUGUAGUGCUCUUACAUCUCUUUCGGGUGUCCAGCGCCAGGUUGCAUCCAUCAUUAUUAUCUCUUGGUUCAGAGAGAUUAAAUGCAUGGCAGGUUCUGAGAGAAAUGGAAUUUUGCCAGGUUUCCCCAGUGAUGUUAAAAAGUGGCUAUUAGAUUUGUUAGCUUGCUCAGAUCCUGCUUUCCCCACAAAAGAUGUACUUGUUCCCUACGCUGAGCUCUCGAGAACAUACUCUAAAAUGAGGAAUGAGGCUUCUCAAUUGUUACAUAUGGUUGAGUCAAUCAAUCUUUUUGAGAAGUUAUCAUCAACUAAACCUAAGGUGGAGAGCUUGAGUGCUGAUGAGGCAAUUGAAUUUGCUUCAACAUUGGCUCUCUUAAGCAAAGACCAUGCUAGAAGCGAAUUCUUGGAAAAGCAAGUUUUUGAGGAUGUUGAGUCGUCUAGACAACGGCUGUUGACUACCGCUGGCUAUCUAAAAUGUGUCCAGAGUAAUUUACAUGUUACAGUCACCUCUCUGGUUGCUGCUGCAGUUGUUUGGAUGUCAGAUUUUCCUGCAAGACUUAAUCCAAUAAUCUUGCCCCUGAUGGCUUCGAUUAAACGAGAGCAGGAAGAAAUACUUCAGCAGAUAGCUGCUGAGGCUCUUGCAGAACUUAUUUCUCACUGCCUAGACCGGAAGCCAAGUCCUAAUGACAAGCUUAUCAAGAACAUCUGCAGUUUGACGUGUGCAGAUCCUUGUGAGACACCUCAAGCAAGUGUCAUUGUGUCUAUGGAGAUCAUUGAUGAUCCAGAUUUUCUACAGCUAGGAAGUAGUACAGGAAAGCAUAAAUCAAAAGCUCACAUACUGGCUGGUGGUGAAGAUAGGUCGAGAGUUGAGGGCUUUAUUACCAGAAGAGGAUCUGAACUUGCAUUGAGACAAUUAUGUCAGAAAUUCAGGGGAUGCUUGUUUGAUAAGCUUCCGAAAUUGUGGGAUUGUCUCACCGAGCUCCUUGUUCCUCGACCUCCUGCAGAUGAACAGAAAAUUGAGCUUGAUAUAGAAUCUAUUAAGGAUCCACAGAUCCUGAUAAAUAACAUCCAGGUGGUACGUUCAAUUUCUCCGGUGCUGGAUGAGGCACUGAGACCUAGACUUCUUACUCUGUUGCCUUGCAUUUUCAAAUGUGUGCGGAAUUCCCAUGUGGCUGUUAGGUUAGCUGCUUGUAGAUGCAUUGUGACAAUGGCCAAAUCGAUGACAACAAAUGUCAUGGCAGCAGUUGUUGAAAAUGCUAUUCCUAUGUUGGGAGAUAUGACAUCAAUUAAUGCUAGACAAGGUGCAGGAAUGCUUAUUGGUUUGCUUGUUCAAGGGCUGGGUGUAGUGCUGGUUCCAUACGCCCCUCUAUUGGUUGUUCCCCUGCUGAGGUGCAUGAGCGAUGUUGAAAGUUCGGUUAGGCAAAGUGUCACACGUAGCUUUGCUGCUCUUGUACCACUGCUUCCAUUAGCACGAGGAGUUCACCCUCCUGAAGGAUUGAGCAAAGAUCUAUCCGGCAAUACAGAUGAUGCACAAUUUUUGGAGCAGCUACUUGAUAAUUCCCACAUAGAAGAUUACAAACUCUGCACUGAGUUGAAUGUUACAUUAAGAAGGUAUCAACAGGAAGGAAUAAACUGGUUAGGGUUCUUGAAACGUUUUAAGCUUCACGGGAUUCUAUGUGAUGAUAUGGGGCUCGGAAAGACGCUUCAAGCAUCUGCAAUUGUGGCAUCUGAUGUAGCAGAGCGCCUUGCUUCAAAAGAUGAAACAGAUGUCUUUCCAUCUAUAAUUGUUUGCCCCUCAACACUAGUUGGGCAUUGGGCUUUUGAGAUUGAGAAGUAUAUCGACCCUUCUUUGUUAAGCGUGUUGCAGUAUGUUGGCUCUGCUCAAGACCGCGUUUCUCUCCGUGAGCAGUUCAAGAAGUACAAUGUUAUUAUAACAUCAUAUGAUGUGGUCCGCAAAGAUACUGAUUAUCUUACACAGUUUUUAUGGAAUUAUUGUAUUCUGGAUGAGGGGCAUAUUAUAAAGAAUGCGAAAUCUAAAAUAACCGUAGCAGUGAAGCAGUUGAAGGCUCAGCACCGCUUAAUACUUAGUGGAACACCAAUACAGAAUAAUGUCAUGGAGUUGUGGUCUCUUUUUGACUUUUUGAUGCCAGGAUUUCUGGGGACAGAGAGACAGUUUCAAGCCACUUACGGGAAGCCACUGCUAGCGGCCAGAGAUCCUAAGUGCUCUGCCAAGGAUGCUGAGUCUGGAGUACUAGCGAUGGAAGCAUUGCAUAAGCAGGUAAUGCCAUUCUUAUUACGGCGGACAAAAGAUGAGGUCCUGUCUGACUUACCCGAAAAAAUCAUUCAGGACCGAUACUGUGACCUUAGUCCUGUUCAGUUGAAGCUUUAUGAACAAUUCUCUGGUUCACAUGUUAAACAAGAAAUAUCUAGCAUUAUACAAGUUAAUGGAUCAGCAGAAUCAGGCAGUGAGGAUGUCGCUCCACCAAAAGCAUCUACCCAUGUUUUCCAGGCACUUCAAUACCUGCUUAAGCUCUGCAGUCAUCCAUUGCUUGUUCUCGGUGAAAAAAUUUCAGAGCCACUGACUUCUCAAUUGUCAUCGAUGAUACCUGGAUGUUCCGACAUUGUUGCUGAGCUUCAUAAAGUUCAACAUUCUCCAAAACUUUUAGCUCUUCAGGAAAUUUUAGAAGAAUGUGGAAUAGGUUCUGAUGCUUCUUCAGAAGGCACUGUUGCUGUUGGCCAGCACAGAGUUCUGAUAUUUGCGCAACAUAAAGCUUUGUUGGACAUUAUUGAAAAAGACUUGUUCCAAGCCCAGAUGAAAAGCAGUGUGACAUAUUUGCGAUUGGAUGGGUCAGUUUUACCUGAAAAAAGAUUUGAGAUUGUGAAGGCUUUUAAUUCGGACCCUACAAUUGAUGUUCUACUGCUUACAACACACGUUGGGGGACUUGGUUUGAACCUGACCUCUGCUGACACACUCGUUUUUAUGGAGCAUGAUUGGAAUCCGAUGCGUGAUCUUCAGGCAAUGGACAGAGCCCACAGGUUGGGGCAGAAGAGAGUCGUACAUGUACACCGUCUUAUUAUGCGGGGAACCCUUGAAGAAAAAGUCAUGAGUCUUCAAAGAUUCAAAUUGUCAGUCGCCAACGCAGUCAUCAAUGCAGAGAACGCUAGUCUUAAGACGAUGAACACUGAUCAGUUGCUUGAUUUAUUCGCAUCAGCUGAAACAUCGAAAAAGGGUAUGUCCUCAAAGCAAUCGGAGGAAGGUGACCUGAAAAUGACGGGAACUGGAAAGGGAAUGAAGGCAAUUCUCGGGAGUUUAGAGGAACUUUGGGAUCAAUCACAAUACACAGAAGAAUACAAUCUCGGCCAGUUCUUGGCGAAGCUCAAUGGCUGAUUGAUGCCCGCACCAACAGUGUACAAAUGUGUACAUAUAUCCAGCUGAUUUAGGAGAAACCCAACAAUUUUGAUGUUCCGACAUAGGUUCUCUCUCUCUCUCUCAUUUUAUCGUUCUCCCUCUCUCUCUCUCUCUCUCUCGUUUUAUUGUUCUUGUUUCGGCCUCUCCCUUAGACUCCCAUGCUUUUAUUACAAUCGGCGCAUAAACGAGGGAAGAAAAGGAAAAAAGGUUGUGGCUUUGAGACAUCGAGUUGCUGAAUUUGGCAAAGACGGCCGAGUAUUUGUGUCUAGAUGGGACGCAAGUGAGCUAGUCAUAGAUUCUGAAUGAUGUAAAUACCCUUUUCCACCAGUUUCUCCUUUUGGGUCAUUCGUCUAUUCUUUGAAAAGAGGCACCUUUUCUCUUUUCAUUUUCCAACUCGGAAAACAAAAGGCCAAAAUUGACUAGAUAGCUAUCUCGUUGAUGUGUUUUGAUCCAACAGGUUUCUAUAUGAUUUUGCUUCCUCUACAAUCGUUGUCGAUGACACGAGAGUUAACAGAUGUAUGAAUUGUGUAACUGUUUGGAUUCCUCGUUGAACAAAUAUGCAUUAGGUUUAUCUA